UUUAUCUAUUGCCCUUCUCUUUCACAUACAAAUCACAGCCAUUUCUCUCUCUCUCUCUCUCUCUCUCUCUCCCUCUUCCUCUGCCUGUCUCUGGUUCAUUUUGCUAAAAGAAACAGAAGUAUUGGCUGGGACAGAUUGUGAGAGAGGAGGCUCUGAAAGAGUUGGAAAGUAGAGAUGUUUUUUUAUUUCCUUUUCUAGGAAAAAAAAGGAGAGAAGAAAGAAAUGGAGAGACCUGAAUUGGGCUUCACUAUUCUUACGCCUGUUUCUGUGUUACUUUAGGGUUUUUACCAGUUAUACAAACAACCAUUUUCAUCUACAUUGUUAACAAUUCAAUACCCAUAUCAGAAACAGAUCUACUUUGUCUUGUUUUUGUACUCACCUUUGUUUGUUUGUUAGUGAAUUUAGCUUACUUAUCAUCAUCACCUCAUCUCCUAGUUUCCUCUGUUUUUAUUCUGCUCUGCUCUGUUUUAAAGAAAAACAGAAAUGGCUGAAGAUUCACCAAAAUUCAUUAUACCAGAAUCAUUCCAGGUGUCCAGCGAUGACAUUGGAGCCCAAAUUGGACUCAUAUGGGAGCUAAUCAAAGCUCCAUUGAUAGUUCCUCUAUUGAAACUUGGUGUUUAUAUCUGCUUAACUAUGUCACUCAUGCUUUUCAUGGAGAGGCUUUACAUGGGUAUUGUUAUAAUCCUUGUUAAGCUUUUCUGGAAGAAACCUGAAAAACGUUACAAGUGGGAACCUCUGCAAGAAGAUUUGGAAUCAGGCAAUUCGAAUUUUCCAGUUGUUCUUGUUCAAAUCCCAAUGUUCAAUGAAAGAGAGGUUUAUAAGCUCUCAAUUGGGGCAGCUUCUAAUCUUUCUUGGCCAGCAGAUCGUCUGGUGAUCCAAGUCCUCGAUGAUUCAACCGACCCAGAAAUCAAGCAAAUGGUGGAGCUAGAGUGCCAGAGAUGGGCAAGCAAAGGAAUAAACAUAAGAUACCAAAUCAGAGAAAAUAGAGUUGGUUAUAAAGCUGGGGCUUUAAAAGAAGGGCUUAAGAGAAGCUACGUUAAACACUGUGAAUACGUGGCUAUUUUUGAUGCUGAUUUCCAGCCAGAGCCUGACUAUCUCAGACGAGCCAUUCCUUUCUUGGUUCACAAUCCUGACAUUGCUCUUGUUCAAGGUCGCUGGAGAUUUGUGAAUGCAGAUGAAUGCCUAUUGACAAGGAUGCAAGAGAUGUCAUUGGAUUACCAUUUCACUGUGGAGCAAGAAGUUGGGUCAUCAACUCAUGCAUUCUUUGGCUUCAAUGGCACUGCUGGGGUAUGGAGGAUUGCUGCAAUUAAUGAGGCUGGUGGGUGGAAGGACAGAACCACCGUGGAAGAUAUGGAUCUUGCCGUCCGAGCGAGUCUCAGGGGAUGGAAAUUUGUUUACCUUGGUGACCUGCAGGUGAAAAGUGAACUUCCUAGCACUUUCAAGGCCUUCAGGUUCCAGCAGCACAGAUGGUCCUGUGGUCCUGCCAAUCUGUUCAGGAAAAUGGUGAUGGAAAUAGUUAGAAAUAAGAAAGUGAGAUUCUGGAAGAAAGUCUAUGUAAUCUACAGCUUCUUCUUUGUUCGCAAGCUCAUUGCUCAUAUGGUCACCUUCUGGUUCUACUGUGUUGUUCUUCCAUUGACCAUUUUGGUUCCUGAGGUUGAAGUUCCAAUCUGGGGAGCUGUUUACAUCCCUUCCAUUAUUACCAUUCUCAAUUCAGUAGGAACUCCAAGGUCAAUUCACUUACUGUUCUAUUGGAUCUUGUUCGAAAAUGUGAUGUCCUUUCAUCGAACAAAGGCGACAUUUAUCGGUCUGCUAGAAGCAGGAAGAGCUAAUGAGUGGGUUGUCACUGAAAAACUUGGAAAUACACUUCAGAAAAAUGCUGAUGCUUCCAAGAACAAGACCAAUGUUAAAACGAUUAAACGACCUCGUUUCAAAUUCACUGAUAGGCUCAACACAUUGGAGCUGGGAUUUGCAGCAUUCCUUUUCUUGUGUGGAUGUUACGACUUUGUCCAUGGCAAGAACAACUACUUUGUAUACCUUUUCCUCCAAACAAUUACCUUCUUUAUCACCGGAAUCGGCUACGUUGGUACCAUCAUCCCCAGCUCUUAGCAGCAGCAACAGGAGAAGCUAGUAAAACGGAAGAAUCCGAGCAGCCGAUUUCGUGUUUUUGAUGUUUGUGUUUAUGUUUUUUUAGUCAUCUGCAAGUGCAACACAAUAUAUAAGUGGGGAUAUAUCAGCAACAAUUGAUUGUAAUUCCAGCAAUUUCAGCUCAUUUAAGAAAAAAUAGGUCAUUCUAUGCAUGAUUGGCAUCAGAAGUCAAUAUUCAUGCCACCCUGGAAAAUGUUAAACCUGAAUCAUUCAAGUGAAAGUAGAAGGAAAAAGAAAAAAAAAAAAAAAUACUAGAAGAGAAAAUGCUGAUGUUUUUGCUUAUAGUCAAGGACAAAGAAGCAGCAGAAACAGCAUAUCCUUUAGGCAACAGUAAUGAUAUUUCAUUUAAUUAAAUAGAUUGCUUGUAAUUGUGAGGUUUUGUCUUUUUUUGUUCUCCAAUUGUUAAUUUUCAAUAGUUGAAAUUAAAGGGUGUAUUUGUAAUAAAAAUUUAUUAUUUCUACAUUUCA